CCUCCGGAGGGAAGGAUACACUCUCCUUGUGUCUCUGUGGGUAUUCCCUCUGAUGCUGAGUCUCUCAAAUGUUGAGGAUCGGCAUUGUCGCCCGGACUCCAGAUUUUAAUCUUUAACCAGCACGGCUUUCCCCGACCGUGAGUUGGACCAGAACUGAGGCACUAUAUCCUUGGCAAGGACUAAGCUCUUUCUUGGAUUCAGCCUCGGCACCCCGGUUCAGGAACAACCACGGCCUUUUAAACUGACGCCCCAAGGUCAAAUUGUUCAGUGCUUAGAGGUUUCCGCCAAGACCUAGCCUCCAAGGCUCUUUGGAGUCUAGGCAGUCUUUUGGUGCGGGGCUCAAAGGAACACGCCUUUGACCUUGAUUGCCACUCUGGCACCAGUGCACCUGCGCCCGGGGUCCCGGCUCCGGCCGCCCGCUGCGCGCGCCGCUUCCUGAGCGCGCGCCCGGCGGCCCCGCCCUGCGCCUGGGCCCCGAGGCGACAGCCGAGGUACAGGUGCCUGGGGUACAGCUCGCCUCCCUCUGCCCGCUGCCGUCCCGAGCAGGCCUCGCGCCCCUUGUCCCGCCUUCUGCUUCGGCCGCCCUCUUGCCGCGCCAAAUGCAGGCCAUCGCCCUCCCGGAGGAGAUCUGUUGGCUCCUGGAAGAUACUGAAGACUUCCUGGCAGAAGGCUUGCAGAAUGAGAACCUCAGUCCUGGGGCGCAGGAUCAGAGAGUCCACAUUCUCCGGGGGUUCCAGCAAAUCAAAACCAGGUACUGUUGGGAUUUUCAGCCCCAAGGAGGUGACCUUGGCCAGGACGGCUCUGAUGACGAUCUGAGUGGGACUCACGGCCCACCCCUCGCAACAGAAGCAUCCUUUUGGUCAGAUUAUCAGGACGAGGGAAUAGAAGACAUCUCAAGAGGGGCUCAAGAGCUGGAUAACAUCAUCAAGCAAGGAUACUUGGAGAAGAAAAGCAAAGAUCAUAGCUUCUUUGGGUCGGAAUGGCAGAAGCGAUGGUGUGUUAUCAGCAGAGGGCUCUUCCUCUACUAUGCUAAUGAGAAAAGCAAGCAGCCCAAAGGGACCUUCCUCAUUAAGGGCUACACUGUCCGGAUGGCCCCUCACCUGCGAAAAGAUUCCAAGAAAGAAUCCUGCUUUGAACUGAUCUCCCAGGAUAGGCGCAGCUAUGAGUUUACAGCUUUUAGUCCAGCUGAAGCCAGAGACUGGGUGGAUCAAAUAAGUUUCUUGUUAAAAGAUCUCAGCUCCUUAACCAUUCCCUUAGAAGAGGAGGAGGAGGAAGAGGAGGAAGAAGAGAAAGAAGAGGAAGAAAUGUACAAUGACAUCGAUGGCUUCGACUCCCCAAGGUCUGGCUCCCAGUGCAGAGCCGUGGCUUUGCCUGAGCCUACCGACAAAGAGGAGGACAUUUACGAAGUCCUACCAGAUGAAGAUGAUCUAGAAGAGGAUGCAUGUGGCGCUCAUCUGCGACGAGUGGACUAUGCCGAUUAUUACCAGGGCCUAUGGGAUUGCCAUGGUGACCAGCCGGAUGAACUGUCCUUCCAACGGGGUGACCUCAUCCGCAUUCUGAGCAAGGAGUACAACAUGUACGGCUGGUGGGUAGGAGAACUGAACAGCGUCAUCGGGAUUGUUCCAAAGGACUAUCUCACCACCGCCUUUGAAUCAGAAGGAAGAUGAAGCCCAGGGAACAUAUUCUUCUCCCUAUCCUACCUGGAGGGAGAAACAGACCAUCAGAAACUCCCGUUCCCUACUCUGGCCAUGGCUUAUUCUCUUUGCUGAACGGAGUCAAGACUCUGCUGCUUCAUGUGACCUUAAGCCACUAAGAAGACAAGUCGGAAGAGGACCAUUCAUCGGACCUUUUCCGCAAGCAGCCAGCUUCUAGCUUAUUGCCCUGUCUAUGCCCUCACACCUACAAGCUUCUUCUACAAGCCUGCUAGAAAGAAGACGGCAACGAAGGAAAUCAUGAGAGGAAGAGGCUGCUGGUGGGUUGUGGCUUGCAAAGCACAAAUAAAGUUUGGAGAUGUUUCUUUGCCUUGUA